UACCCGGUCGACGUCGGUGACCCACGGAGGAGCCGUCCUCGCAGUCACGUGAGAACGCACGCACGGACGUACGGUCCGAGGGAAGAAACGAGGAACGCUGUCUCUCCGCGCACACGGGAAGAAAUCUCACCCCUCUCCCCCGGGAAACGAGGAGAGAAACAAAAAGGGAAGGAAGACACGUGGACACACACGGGAGGAGCGACGCCCGUUUCCGCCGCAGUUUAGUCCCGAGGUCUCUCUCUCUCUCUCGCACCUGCCUGCCUCACAGGAUCGUGUUGACAGUUCCUCAGCAACAGUUCCGGUGGCCGCAUCAUGAGAGCAACGUCGAGUACGAUCGCCACGAGGCUCAUUAUGCUCUGCCUGUUGAGCGUCGUGCUCGGCGAAUUGACGGCGGCGAUGGAGGAGGUGCCGUCUUCGUCGCUGCACAUUUCGAGAUUAAAUCCGCUGUUGAACAAUAUGGAGUACGAGCAGCCCUCGGAGAAGAGGUCGUACGCUUACGUGUCCGAGUACAAGAGGCUACCGCUGUACAACUUCGGCAUUGGGAAGCGAUGGGUCGACAGUAACGAGGACAAAAGAACGCGGCCAUUCUCCUUCGGCAUCGGCAAGCGUCUGCGAGACUACAGGUUCGGCUUGGGCAAGCGCACCAACCAUCCCCUGGGCCUGGAUUACUUCCCGGCCGACAACCUGGAGGCUUAUCACUCGCACGAGGACAACGCGGACGACUUCAUGGAGGAGAAGCGCGGUAACCAGCCGUUCAACUUCGGCAUCGGGAAACGCGGCUGGAAGUUGGCCGAGGUGGCCGCGAGGAGACCGAACGUCGACGUAGCUGGCCCGAGAUACCUGCUGAGCAAAGAAUUGAGCGAGGACGAGGAGCUGGCUCAGUAGAGCCUCCCCGUCGAGGAGCACGGACUGUCUUCCCCCCCCCCCCCCCCCC